CAUUCUUUCUUGAUUAAUGAUUCUUCAGAAUUUACCACCAUGUAUCAUCACAGUCUUCGUCAAGAUGUUUUUAUAAAGGACGAGUACCAUCAUUUAAACGUUCCUAAAGUUGGAACAUUCACAGUGUAUGACAGUCUUGACUGCACCUUUGAAUGCCUCGGCAAUCCUUCCUGUUUGUCCUUCAACUUGGCAGCUUACAAAGGAGCAGAUGGAAAGUUGUGGUGUGAGUUGUUAUCCUCACAAACGUACAGCAAUCCUGAGGAGUAUAAAAGGAACGAGAGUUUUCAUCACUUUUCCAUCAAGGUGGGGUAAAAUCUUUGUAUAGAGGUUAUUAAAGUAAGAUAUUUUUUAUAUAUCAGGUCUACGCGAUUUUAAUAAUGUGUCUUGAAAUAUAAGAUACUUUCGUCGCCGUAAUUCUUUAUAAAAUUAAGGUUCUUUAUAUAGAAUAUCAGCUAAGAAAUCGAACAGGAACUGGCGUAAAAGUGACUGACGAUAAGACGUCGAAGUUAUUCAGUCCAAUGUCACUUUCUCCCUAUUUUCUUGCCUCAACACUUAACCUACGAACAAAAUUACCUGAAUGAAAAGAAAUCAUAUGACAUCAAAAUUUUUUAUUACUAUUUCAGACUCCUUGCAUGUCAUCACCGUGCCAGAACGGGGGCACCUGUGUAGCGAACUACAAGUAUCACACGUUUGACUGCCGUUGCAAGGAUGGGUUUUAUGGAGAAUUCUGUGAAGGUAAUUGCUGUACCGCCGCCCUGUACAUCAGUUCAAGGCAGCAUAAAUAGUAAAGCCGUCGUCCCUGAUAUAGUCAGGUGUGCAACGUGCAAACAAUCUUCUCUUGGCGUCUUUUUAUCCUAGCUAGGCCUGCUUUGGUGCAUCUGUAGAUUAAUGUGUCUUACUCUCAAAAGUAUAUUUCUCUCUUGUCACCACCCAGCCGAAAUCGGUCAAGUGGAACAAAACCGGCGCUGACAUGACCGUCGAAGUUUGAAUCAUUUUCUUUCCAACAAAAACUGUCGAACUUCCCCGUCAAGUUCACCUGUCGCUUUCUCUCCUCCCCCCUUCUUUUGCUUUUCUUCCUCCGUCCUUUUCUACUUCGCUUCAUUUUAACAAUUUAAAAGAAAACUGAUGACGUCACAAGUGGUACAAGAAACGUGGCUAAAGAAACGGGUGGUUAGAGCAGCUGGAUGUGGUGUGAAUCCAAACGUAGUCUGCCUCAUAGCCUGCGUAGCAGGCGUUAAAAGGGGAAGGGGAAUGGGGAAUUUGGGUGCGCGAGGGAAAAAGGAACGCCUGCAAGGACGCCAUUAUUUUCUCCAUUUUUCACGCUCAGAUUCUGAGCGUGAAAAUAGUGACUGGUCAGAAUUAAUUAAAUGUCAAUCUUCGACUUAAUACCUUUUUCCGAUUGGUUGAAAUCAACAUCACGCCAUUGAGUAACUAAACAUAUGUCAUUAGUGAAGCGUGAUGAGAUUUCUCUACGGUAAUUCAUCGUUAGAAGGCAUCAAUUUCAGCUUAAAAGGAGAAUAGAAAAUAGCAGUUAAAGAACCGUGUGAAGGAAAAGGCCUGUCAGCAGAUGAGUUUUACAGACUGGUUCUGAAAAGUAUCAUCUCCCAACGGCUUGUCGGUUUUACUCGCCAGAAGAAAGAAAGGAAAAAUCAUGCUGCCUGUGUGCUUGUUAUCUGCUGUCAAGAGCCAUAAUAGGACAGGUCCUAUUAUGGCUCUUGCUGCUGUUUGACCCUCGUUAUCAACGGCAAAGACGAAGCGGGCCAUAACUUUUGGCGAUUUUUGGUUGAGGACUUCUUCUUGCCGGUUAUAAAACCGGCAGGAACUUACUGUAAUAAUAAAUUGUUGCCUUCUUGCCGAUCUGCGAAGUUCAGCUCUUCUUGCCCCGCCACCAGUGUUCUUUUGUGUGCUCCGCUGAAUCCAGUUCGUCCUGAUAGAAAUUCAAAGAGUGCGUGACGGCAAAGUGUUUAAAUUUUUGUUAGACAAACAUUGCAUUGACUAAGUUGCGAAGAGCCGUUACAUUUCUUAUUAAUUAGUUUUCCUGCCCGAUUCCUUCAGCAACAACUUGAAUAGAUUUAUCCUGGAUUUUAUGUAACUCGGCACGCGUCGUUGCAACUUUCAAGGAAGAUUCCUUCGAUGGACGACCGCAUUUGAACUUUUUUAUAGUACCUUUACUUUCGAUUUCUUUUUUUAGGAAAAUAAAAGAAAAACAGUGCGAGAUAUAGAAAUACGACUAGAAUACGUGCAUCGCGACCAGACUUAUUUGACAGCUAGUCAUUCACAGUUGCGUUAUUUUUGUUAUUUUUUUUUAACUAGUAGGCGGGAUGGCGAAAACAAUGGCUUCCUUGCAGGCGUUCCCCUCCUCCCUCCUCCCUCGCGCGUGGUCUUGCGCCUUAGUUCCCUUUCCCUUCCCUUUCGAACGCCUGCCACGCAGGCUAUCUGUCUCACACAAAAAGGCAAAGACCCGUAAAAGGAAAGUGGGUAACCUGUGGUUUGAAUGUUGUCUUGUCCUUUAUCCCCCCUCCUCCCUUAAUUAUCGGUUCUUGGUAAAGUAAGAGAAAAUCUAAGUUGAGUUUGUGUUUCAAAUUUUUUUCAGUUGCAAAGUCAUGUCAAGUCCUUUAUGAUCAGCUCAUGGAAAAGUGAGUAUCACUACUGAUUUAAAUAAUAAUAAAAUUAUAGAUGGCUUUCACAGUGACGUCAUCAAAUUGUAAAGUCAAAAUAGCGAGGUUUUACGAAUUCUUAUUUACACUAAGUUGAAGAUAAACAAAAAGUUAAUCUUUGUACAAGUUUUCAGUCCCGUAGCAUGUUUCAUUCCGAAAAUACAGCAAUUUGAACUUCCGAGUUUUCAGAGUGCGUGACACCAAAAUAGGAAUUCUGUCUCGUUGAAAAAAAGGUCUCUCCCCUUGAUUUUCAGCAGUAUAAACAUUUCAGGUAUUAGAAGAUAUGUUUAUGCGCACGUAGGCUAGUUCUCGAGUGAAAAGAAGGAGCUUUUAUAGAAAAAGUGAACUCCAGAUGUUUUUGUUGAUUUUCGGCGGCCAUAUUGGUGCACCAAAACUGUGCACCAAUAUGGCGUCUCCAUGCAAAGCUCUACAAAGAUGCGUGAAACGUUUCGGCAAAUAACUCAGAAACUGUGGGCCAAAAAGACCUGAGACUUGGACAAAUUGUUUAAAAAUUAGUCUUUUAUAACAUAUCAUUUUCUUGGCUUCUUUCACUGGACGGUUUCCAAUUUAUUUUUUUUGUUGCGUGACAGUGAAAACGAUCUAUAUAGGAGAAAAUAAAAUAUAGAGUCCCGAUGAGGCUGUUCGUACACUAUAAAACAGCCAAAAGUUUUAGUCAUGAAGCGUAAAAAAGUAAAAUUUUUAAUCGUUUUCGUAAAAAAGUUGACCGUAAAAAGUUUUCUAGCUACAGUUUGUUGUACAGAGAGUUUUGAUAUUAGGACCGCACGCGACGUGUAUAAUGGCUGAUGCAUCCUUUCAACCUUUGUUUUCCAUCCUAGAAAGGUUCUCUGUGCCCACCGAGGUAAAGGAGCUGUGUCAGGAAAUUUAUCAAUAGUAACAGCCUGCCUAGUAGUCGUAUCGUUUUCGUUUAAGACAAGUGCCUCAAGCACUAAAAGAUGUGCGAGGGCAUUGGGCACUGGGCGUCUCGUUUCUACCUCUUGGCUCAAAGGAAACGCAGACGACUGCUACGCAGGAUGCCGCAGUGGCAACUGCCAUUAAACUGAUUGAAACAUAACCUUAUCGGUAACCAUGCACUUAAAACAUUAAUAGAAGGUAUAAGAACAGGAAAUACAAAAUAAAGGCACGGAUGAAAAAACGUUUUGCAACUGCAAGAAGGGCUUGGACGCUCCGCAAGGGCCAACAUCCGCGAAGGAGUACUUUUCUAACGCCGAUCUAUAUAUAUUUCUUCGCUCGAACACUUUCGAAUUUGGAACUUAAAUUGCUUGAAAUGAUGACCUUGUUUUGGUCGAGCGAUCAAUGCCAGUCACGCCCGGGGGUGGGGGGGUACUCCCUUAUAAGGGCUUAAUGGGGAUGUGCGGCCAGCCAGGGUAUGUUUUUCGGGAUUUUUGUCUUAAACAGGGUAUCGAUUUAUCAAUUUUUGUCUUAAACAGGAUAAAUGUCUUAAACAGGGUAUCAAAAAUCGGAAUUCUGUCUUAAACAGGGUACAGCGAUAUUUGUCUUAAACAGGGUCAGGAUAUGAGGGGCCGCGCCGCACCUCCCUACUCAGGGAUAUAUCGAGUACCUCCCCCCCGGGGCGGUCACGGCUUCUUUUAAGUUUGACGACUUCGAAGCCCGAUUUACAUGGUUUAUUUUUCACUAUUUUUACAACCAGUUAAGGAACAUUCCAUUUUUUUCUCCGACAGUUAGGAGCUGGAAAAAUUAAAAUGAGAUUUCAUUUUGUACAGGUUGAACGUGACUCAGUUGGUCACUCUUCUCCUUGACUCCAAACUAGUUUCAGUUCUCUGUCACUUUGGAAAUUUUGGAUGUGGAGGUGGAGGAUGGACACCGGUCAUGAAGAUGGACGGCAACAAGGUGAAACAGGUUUUUUCCUUUUUUCCUUAGUUUGGCGAAGAGUGGAAGAAAAUGUGUUACAAAUAAAUACAGGUUUGCUUCUGUCAGCAGUAAUUCUCAAUUAUUCUAGCAUGCGAUUAUAGCCGUUUCUCCUUGCUCCUCACCACUACGAGGAACGUCUGCGCCGAUCCGCGACAGAAAUUCUAUACUGUCCGGAAUUUGGUCAGGGGCUCUGAUUGAAGGACAUGAGUUACAUUGUUUUACCUAUUGUUAACGAAUGACAAACAAAAGACAAAAGGCCACAAAAGGUCAAGUGCAAACGGGGUAGUAAACGUGAUGAAUCUACUACAAAAAAGUUAAUAUUCCUGAAAUAAUUAUAUUCUUCUUUAGAGAAAGCAUCUGAGUUUUACUGGAACUCGUACGCAGUAGAACACAAAACUUUGCCAUAACCGACUAGCUGAAACAUAAAAUCAAACAAAUUUACAUUUGGAGCCCCAUGGCUACGGGAUUUAUUAUGUAAACAAUGAUUUACGUCAUCAGUUUGGAAUUUCUGCCGCUUUACACUCAACUGAAUGAUGGGAUAAAAGCAAUGUCAGGUGGCAUUUCAGGGGGCUAAUAAGUGAUGGGAUUUCCUCGGUGUAAGAACCUGUGAGCUAUUCCUUUGUUUUGCGCCUGUUGUUUUCUUUGCUUCUAUUGUGUUGACUUCUUUGUUUUCUUUGUUUUACAUCAUUCGUGAGUUGUGAUAUAUUGUGCCAAUACGAGUAAACGCGGUCUAAAACGAGACGACGAUUUAUAAUAUCUUUGCAAAAUGGACAAUUCGACAUUUGACGAGUUUUACGCCAUUUUAACCUUUAAUUCACAUAUAUAGGAGUCUAAAGGUUCUAAAGAUUGAAACUGUUACUGUAUUAGCUUGUGUCAGGUUGCGAUGAAAUCAAAACAAACUCGAAGAAGUGUUGUUUCUGUUUUCUUUGCUUAAAUGAAAUCAUUAUUUAUCUAUACAAGAAACUGUUUUUUCUAUAAUUAUCAAUUGUAUCACAGCGAACGUUUCACUACGACUCAAUUCGCUGGAGCAACAAAGAAACCUUUAACCUUAACGGAGGAAAGACUGGAUUCGACUCACGGGAGACCAAACUUCCCUCCUACUGGAACACAUCCUUCUCCAAGAUCUGCCUUGGUAUGAAGAUCGGUCAACAGAUCAGGUUUAUUGUCAUCAACAAGCAGGCGAACUCCUUGUACUCUCUGAUCGCUGAUGGGCAAUAUCGCAGCACCUCACUGGGUCGUAACACGUGGAAGUCACUAAUUGGUCCCCAGGGCUCCUUACAGAUUGGCUGUAACAAGGAAGGAUUUAAUGCCAAGAGCUACAAGAAGUUUUACGGUAAAGACCUGGCUAAAGCAAGAAUCGGUAUCAUUGGAAACGAAAUAGACCACUGUGGUAAUUGCGACUCCAGAAUUGGGUUUGGUACUGGAGGGGAGCAUGAUGACAGCAAUGCAUGUGGGAAUGAGAAUCCUGGGGGAACACGUACAAAAGGACUAGGUUACAUCUUGGUACAGUGA